AUGGAUGAAAACGAUUGGGAUUUGUGGGCAAUUGUGAGGAGUUGCUACAACGUCAACAGAGCUAUUCCUGAUGACGAUGUGAGAAGUUGCAACAACGUUAAUACCACUGCUCUUAUCGAUCACUGCGUCGAUCAGGAUGGUAAUUCUGCUGCUAACACAAACACACCAACUUUAUUUCCAGAACAAAGUGAUUGGUUUGGUGAUUUUAGCGACUCGUUCCCCACGGAGAACGAGCAUUGUUUUGGGUUAGAUGAAGUUUGCUGCCUUUCCAAGAAUGCGAAUACCAAUUAUACAAUUGAACCCCACAACCCAGAAAACAAAACUGAAACUAUUCCAAACUCUCCACUUGUUGUAGAACAUGAGGAGAAGAAGAAGAACAAGAAGGUAAGAGGUUCAAUGCAAUUAUCAAGAACUGAAGAAGGCAAGGCGUUUUCUUAUCGUGGAAAGAGUACAGAAAGAUAUGAAAUAUUGGCUGAGAAAUUGAGUGAGGCGGAUCAAUGGAGAUGGAGAAAGUAUGGGAUGAAGAGAACGGGUAGUUCGCCCUUUCUCAAGAGCUACUAUAGGUGCAAUGAAGUUGAAAAUUGUCCAGCAAGAAGACAUGUUCAGCAAAGCUCAACGGAUGCAAACAAGGUGGUAGUAACUUAUAGAGGCCAACACAUUCAUCACCCUCCUCCUAACCAACACAUUGCAAUGGUAGACACAAGCCAAAAUGCUAAUGCACCAGUGCAAGACCCUUCUUUUCCCUCUUCUACUUCUACUUCGUUAUUCAACUAA